UUAAAUAUUUUUAAUCCCACUUCAAUAAUAAAAAAAAAGAAAAUGUUAAUCCCACUAAAAAAUAGUAAAAGAGGGGUAAUUUGAGACUUCUUUGGAGUAGAAAAAUGGAAAAGGAGUUUAAGAAAAAAGAAAAAGAAGAAGAAAAAGGCAAGGACGGCGAGCGUUAGUUCUUGCCACGUCACUUAAUGGUGGUACCCUCUCUUUCUUCUUUCAGACGGUGUCGAACAACUAUUGGCUUUUACAAUCCAAAAUCAUCACUUGCGUCCACAUCAGAUCCACGCUUUUCACAAUUAAAAUAAAAAAAAAAAUCAGCAAGAAGCCGAGAGAGAAGAAAGAAAGAAAGAGACAUUUUAUUUCAUUUUCCUUUAAUUAUUUUCUUUUUCAACUUGAAGAACAGCACACUGACAUAGCUCCAAGAAAGAAGCAACAGCAGCCUCUUUCGGGAUGAAUCGGAUACGACGGUGUCGUUUCUUUAACAAAAUUGCAAUAUCUAGCUUAAGUAAACAUAGAAUAAUCCCCAGCGCUGAAACGUUUCGAAGUCUUCAUUGCUUGCAACACCAACAACAAUCUCAAAAAGGAUGGUCACCAGCUGCAGCAAUAUUUUCACAGCAAAAGAAUGGAUAUUCGCGCGGUGUUGAGAAUGAUGCUCAAUUGAAUAGAAAUUUGCUUGCACAGCUUUGGAUUGAAGAUAAGAAAUUGGAAAAAUUAAUAAGGAAAAGAAGAAAAAAGAUUGCUAAGCAUGACAAUCAUGGUAGUGAUGCGGUAUAUGAUAGACAUAGAUUCUUUCAACAUCCAAUUGCAAGACAGUUUUCAGGUGGAAAUAUGAGAGAAGAAAGAUCUUUUGACCUACCUCCUCCUAGUCAAUCUGUUUCUGCUUUCUUGAAGCCUAAUUCUCCUGAGGAAGCCAAGAUUGCACCUCUUCUUGCUAGGUCCAAUUUGCUGAUUACCAGGGAUAUUGAGUGGGCAAAUCUGGUACUUGGUUUUGAGCAGGAAAACCGUUAUGCAAUGGUAGAUGUGUGUUACCCCCAGUCGCCUGUAGGUUUCAUUCGCGAGCAGAGUAAUGUCCUUGCUAGGCAGUUGCUUCGUCUGAGGCGCCCUUUUGUUGCUUACAUAAUGGAUGCUAUGGGUAAUGAGCUGUUUAGGGUCCGGCGGCCAUUUUGGUGGGUAACAAGCUCAAUUUAUGCAGAGAUUGAUGGUAAAGAAGUUGGUGUGGUUCAUAGACGGUGGCAUCUUUGGAGGAGGAUAUAUGAUUUGUACCUUGGAAAUCAGCAAUUUGCUGUGGUUGAAAACCCCGGUUUAUGGAAUUGGACAUUUACAUUGAAGGACAUUAAUGGGGAAGUUCUAGCUCAAAUAGAUCGUGACUGGAGGGGUUUUGGAUUUGAGAUCUUUACUGAUGCUGGUCAGUAUGUGAUAAGGUUUGGCAGUUCUGAUCCCAGUUCGAAGACCGGUCCUGCUGCUGCGAUUCAAGAAUUGGAAGUUGCCCGUCCUUUGACCUUGUCUGAGAGAGCUGUAGCUGUUGCUCUUGCCAUUUCUCUGGAUAAUGACUAUUUUUCAAGGCAUAGUGGCUGGGGACUCCCUUUUGUUGCUGUGGGCGAGUAGAAAUGAGUUUGCUGUUCAAACAAAAUCUUUUGAAGUUACUUUCUGGUUUCUGCCUACCCCUUGAGGGCUUUAGAGUUGUAAGCUCCACAUGUUGUUCUACAAAGAUCUUAAUUAUUGUUUUUCCUGUCUGUUUGUCAAUGUUCAUAGGCACGUUUAACGAUAAUGUGAUCACCCCCAUCUCCCCUGCUUGGAAUGAGAUGGGGGCUGAUUUGCUCAGAGAGGAUUAUAUUUGACAUCUACCUCUCUUGUGCAAUUCUCUUUUACCUGCCAAUGAGACUAAGGUUAAUUGACAGUGGGACUAAGCAUGUAUGUGCCUCCAUUGAUACUUAGUCCCACUGUCUACUUUUAUAAGAUAGUAUGAGGUUAUUUGUUCUAA